AUGGAGCGCCUAUCUCUAAACGAAAGCCCUGCCCCGGCCUCUCGCACCCCGCAGCAAAACCAACAAUUCACCCAGAAUGCCCUCGGCCCAGCAGGCCCCCAGCCAACAGGCGGCCCGCCGCAAUUACCCCCGCAGAUGUUCACGACCGCCGCACAGCUGCUCGAUCUAACAGAUAAGAAACUUGUACUCAUCCUUCGCGACGGCCGCAAACUUAUCGGCGUUCUCAGAAGCUGGGACCAGUUCGCGAACCUUGUUUUCCAGGAUACUAUAGAGCGCGUCUACGCCGGACAGCUGUACGCCGAUGUCUCACGUGGCAUAUUCAUUGUUCGUGGAGAGAACGUGCUCCUGCUAGGCGAAGUGGACCUUGACCGCGAAGACGAUAUCCCGCCCACACUGACCAGAGCCCCAUUCGAAGAAGUCUUCGAGCUGAAGAAGAAAGAGGACGCAAAGAGGAAAACAGGCGACAAGAAGCGCUACGACGAACUCCAAGCGCUCGGUUUCGAGCCCGAGCACAGCGGGGAGAUUCUGUUCUAA